CUCUCUCUCUCAGUCAGUGCUGUAUCCUUCCUUCCCCUCGCAUCAUGCCAUCCCUCCUCCGUCCGGAUCUUUGGAAAUGCGUACACUGGCUUCAUUCAAGGACGAAAUAAACGCUUUGGAAGAAAAGAAAUAUUACUCCUGCAUUAAUAUUUAAUAAAGCACCGGAUUUUUAAGGGGGAAAGAGAGGAGCUACGAUAGGAAUAGGAGAGAGAGAGAGAGAUCCUGCGGCUCUGUCCCAAAUCCACAUGCACAGUGUGCAAGGUAGGCAGCAUGAAGGACUGAAGGACACACUGCAUUCAUUUUAUAUAUCUUUAUUUUUUACAACACAUGCAAGUUUGACUGAAUGAUUCAGAUGAUGGAAUGUAGCCUCUACUGAACUGAAUGCAUAAUUCAUGCGUACUGUACCAUUUUUAUUCCGACUUAAUGAAUGAUUUCUGAUUGAAAGAGAAGCUUUUAUUUUUUUGUGAAUCAUCCAAUCAUAUGACCAUCUGGUAUGAAGGAUAACUGAAGCUGCAGAGGUGGACCACUGAAGAAGAAGAAGAAGAAGAAUCCUUACUGUAAUCUGUCUGACCUGAACGCACUCAUCUAUACUCAUUAAAAAAAGAUAAGGGUAGAGAACAGAUUAAAUAUUUAUGUCGGCACACGUCUUCACUCUCGGGACGUUUCUGUAAGUUUUAAAAUGGAACAAUCCGUACACUUCUAGGUCUUCAUGUAGGUCUUGUCCACUCAUCGUCCAUUUUCAUAGAGCAAUAAUAAUAAUAAUAAUAAUAAUAAUAAGAGCAAGCAUUUCACUGGAAUGUAUCGGCUACGUGAAACCAAAGACGUGUAAAACAAACAAACAAAAAAAAGUUCUCCGAUCCACACUUCCAAUCUUCCAUUCUCAAUCAGUCACUGUGGGACAUCUUCUUCAUCUACAUCUUCAUAAACUUCAUCCUCUUCUCAGGUUUUCCUUUCUCACGCUCGUCAUUCCUCCCGAUCGAUCCGAUCACGAUCUUCCAUGCUAUGCACUCAUCACAGACUUUCUUUUUCUCUUAAACAUCACAAACCUCAAAAAGUUCAAGUCUUCCGUUAAGAAUAAGGAAAGCUGUAAAGCGUAAAGAUCCAUCUCUGGACAGAUCAUUUUCCUUUCAAACAAAAACCUAGUAGCUACGAUAAGGAUAGGCUAGCAACACAACGCUAACAAAAGAGAGUCACAGCAUCGAAAAAACUAAACUAGACAAAAGAAAACAAAAGCAAAAAAAGCCUUGUGGAUUCAUAAGCCAGGCGAAGAGCAUCGCCGAAGUGAACGCUCCUUUACUAAGCUGUCGUGAGCACUUCGUCACUAAAGUGCACUGGAACUGAAGGUAGCGCUGCUAACGCAGAAGUAAACAAGAAGUGCACUGAAGGACGGUAAACACUGCAGGACCACGUGGAGAAAGUGAACACUGCAUCACUUAACACUUCCUCUGUGGGGAUUCGACUCUUCCACUGCUGCAUCCUGGGACACACUCGGAGAGCCUCUGAUCUACAGCAGCGUGUCUGUGAGUGAGUGUGUAUAUGUGUGUGUUCCUCUCCUGGGUGAAGAUGCCUGCAGUCCAGAUGAUGUGGCUCUCCGUACUGCUGCUGUGUGUCAUACAGGCUCGGCUCAGCAGCGCGGCGUGUGUGGAGGUCGACUCGGACACCGAGGCCGUGGCCGGAAAAGAUUUCAAGCUGGGCUGCAUUUCCUGUAAGAUGCGCGGCGAGGUGGACGCCACUGCCACCGUCGACUGGUUCUUCAUGGCGAAAGGAGAGAGCGAGUUCACCCACAUCUACAGUUACAGCGAAAUGAUGGGCAACGUGAUAGACGAACGCUUCACGGACCGUAUCGAGUGGGUGGGAAGUAAAAAGACGUUGGACCUGCAGGACGGAUCUCUAAACAUCCUCAACAUCACCUACAACGACACGGGGACGUACCGCUGCUACUUCGACCGCACGCUCUUCUUCGACUACUACGAGUUUCGCACCAACGCCACCAAAUUCAUCACCAUCAACGUCGUGGCUAAAGAGACCCGUGGUUUGGCCUCUAUCCUGUCGGAGGUGAUGAUGUACGUGUCCAUCAUCGGGCUGCAGCUGUGGUUACUGGUGGAGAUGGUUUACUGUUACAGGAAAAUCGCCGCCGCUGGAGAGGAAGCACUGAGAGAGAGCGCGGCCGAGUAUUUAGCCAUCACGUCUGAGAGUAAAGAUAACUGCACCGGUGUGGCUGUGGCCGAGUAACACACACUCGCACACACACACACACACACACAUACACACACACAGGGCCAUAAAUUCUCUGAAGCUUCACCAUGGAGAAGACCUUCACCUGAUUUACCUUCACCAUGGCGACAACCUUCACCUGAUUUACCUUCACCUGGUUUGUCUCCAGUUGAUAUACCUUCACCAAGGAGAAGAUCUCCACCUUUUUUAUCUCCACCUGAUUUAUCUCCACCUGGUCCCUGAGAUCCAUCCCUCCUUCCUCCCAGGCUGUAACAGACGAGCACACGGACGUGUUUUUGCACAGAAUCGUCACAUGGCAGCGUUUCAUUUCAGCGAAGAGCCCUGAAUAGUGCCCUGAGGUACAGAGAUGUACGGACUGAACGCACAGCAGGGGCUCGGACUAAUAAAUAAAUGAAAUAAAAUAAAUAUAUAAUAUCCAAUAUAAGAGCACAGCAUGAAUAAAUGUAUAAGUCACACAGUAGAAUUGUAUUAACACGAGCUGUACAUAUUUAUCUGAACUCUUUCUUCUUUUCUUUCCACAUACGGAAUUUAUAUGCAAGCGUACGGAAGUGUUAAUGAGCAUCAGAAACGUUAACGAUCUUCACUUCUAACGCUAACAACGAGAUGCUAAUGUAGCUAACCUCACGCUGCAUGUUAAAGAGACACUUCAUCUUUAAACCAAGGGUAACGAUGGACAAAAGCUAACACUGCGACUUACCUAGCAUCACCUUUGUGAAUUAGCUUGAAUAAAAAUCACUAGCCAUGUUAGCAUAAGACUGUAGGAUUAAUUAUUUCAUUAUAAUCAUGAUGUGUACUAAAUGACAAAAACAAUAAACAACAUCAAACAGAAAUGUUAGCAAAGGGAAUGUGACGAGAAAUGCACCCGCUAACAACACGAUGCUAAUGCAGCUGCCUCAGUCCAUUUACCUCUUAUCUUAAAGGGAUAUUUCAACCUUGUGAAACGUUAGCAAAGGCUAAAAAUGGCGAACAAAUGCUAAUGCUAGUAACAUGAUGCUAAUGCAUGCUAAUGUAGCUGAACUCAGUCCAGUCCAGUUAGCUCAGUCGUGUGUAAAAGCUUUAUAGGCUAAAACAAAUGACAGCUAGCACUGCCAGUUAGCAUGUUGUCGUUUAGCAUAACCGUUCAUAAUGAGCCUUUAUUAAUUGCUAGCCGUGUUAGCUUGACCUUGACCAUGGUUUAACUAUCCCUUUAAUCGGGUUUUCAGGUUUGCGUGAAGUCAUGAAGCACAAAUAAGCUAAAAAAAACCAACAACUAAUAAACAUCUGGAGCAGCUAGCAUCUAGCAUUUAGCGAUUAGCAUAAAGCUACAUCCUGCCAGUUCUCUCAGUGGAUAUAAAGGGUGUAAAGCCACUCAAGUACCGAGUGUAAUGCUAAUAAUGUUAGCCGUGUAAAAUCUAACGCGAGGACACAAAGCUGCAUGACACCGAGAUCUGAAUCGUUUUUAUUUACGUCUGUAAAAUUUGUAUGCAAGACUUUUUUCUGCAUGAAACAUUCCAGUACGAGUUUAAAAAAAAAUUAAAAUUUGAAAAAAGCGUAAAAUGAUCUCAUCAAUGUUGAAUCGGUUCAGUGUCGGUGCCAGCGGGGCGCGCUGUAACACUGCCACACCCUCAUUUACACACACACACACACACACACACACACACUGUUCUCAGCCUCAACACACCAAUCUAAUGUAUGCACUUCAUGUUUAAAUGAAAAUGUUGCUUGCCAAAUAAAUAAAGAACAAAACUAUGAUAAACA